AAAUAGAAUCAAAAAUACGUAUAUAUCAUGUCGCAAUCUUUUAAAUUUGGCGCAAUUAUUGGGUAUAUAUAUAGUAUAAUCUCUAUUCGUACUGCGCAUGCGCGUAUCUCAUAGCAACGCGUUUUCAACAUACCAAACAUAAAGUCCAUAUUGUAGUAAGGAUAAAAGUGUUGUGUUGUUAUAACCUGUUUCUUACUUUGUUAAAUAUCAUAGAUUAAUUAUAAUUAACAAAGAAAUAUACAUUUAUUUCAAUUGUUUAUAAGAUAAUGUCUGUGGAAGGGCAGUUCUUUUUAUCUAUUACUGGUUCCAUCGAAUAUGCAGAGUUCUACAAUAUCGAUAAUGCAUAUUGCAAAUACGGGUUUCAUUUUGGUCCCGAAUGGAGCGUUGUGGCUGGUAUCGAAGAAGGACUGACGCAAAUGUGCAAAUGUAGUAACGAUCCAAGAAAUCUUAUUGCUUGGAACUUCCCAUUGGAAAUAACGUUCAAAAGUACCAAUCCUCAUGGGUGGCCACAACUAAUAAUGUCUAUCUACGGAUUAGAUAUGUUUGAUCAUGAUGUUAUCGAGGGUUACGGUGUAUGUCAUUUGCCUCUUACAACGGGAUAUCACGAAAAAAGAGUUUCCAUUUACAUUCCUCAAUCAUCUUCAACGUUGCAACAAUUAGCAGCUUGGUUGACAGGUAAAAGACCAGAAUUAAUAGAUCCAGCCAUAUUGGCCAGUGGUGGUGGACGAGAACUGACUCGUAUGAAGGUUCAAGGACACGUUAAUUUGACUUUUAACGUCGUAUUGAAAGAUUUUUUAAAACUGGGUUACAACAAUGGAGAAAAUAAAGGAAAAUGAACAAUAAAUUCU